ACACAAUAUCGCACCGAAUUACACACACGGGUUGAUUGUGACACCGCCGGCUGGUUAGUUACCACGCAGCUCGGUCGCUCUUGCAUUAGCAGAGCUCUCAGUGUCUCCGUCACCCACCCACCCAUUCUCCCAACCAGACACCACCCUGCCACUAUGUACACCACCACUACACCGCAGACGCCGAAAAAACACAGCAAAAGAUCGUCUCGGCACUCAUGGAAUCCUCCAGAUGCGCGGCUUGUGGUCAGCCUGAAUGAGGGACAACAGCAGCACAACCAUGAAAUAGACUGUGCGGACCGACGUUCUCUGUGUGUAAGGGUGUCUCACCGCGCCAGUCGCGAAGAAAUGUCCAUCAGGCGCCAUGGCGAGGGUCAAGAUGGGGCUCUGAUGCGCGUCCUCAACCUUGUCCACACACUGAGCACACACCACACCACAACAGAGAGCCAGAUGCGCGUCUGCGAAUGGAUGCGUCUGUCUCUCUAGGUGCUGUGAAGAUGUCUCUCUGGCCACCCACCUCGAAUUUGGGCAGUGAGAAAAUCUUGAUGUGCCGCUCGGCCACUGCCACCAGACGGGAACAGUCAGGCGUCACGGCUGCACACGCAAGCACACACACGUGCACAGGGAGGGAGGGAGGGAGGGAUGAACGAUCAGUGAGUGCGUUCCUUCCCGUCGUAUCUACCUACCAAGAGCUGUCCAGUUUUUGAACAUGGGGUCAUCCUCCUGGUGCGUGUGCAGCUUGCGGGGGUCCUCUGACAUCUGGACGACACACACACACACACACAAAUACAAAGACACCCACGCAUAGCUACACACAUGAACGACACACGUCUUUGUGUGUCCGUGACCACAUACAGGACACAUGACCACAUACGUGGUAGCGGACAUCGAUUGUCCACAGGGCCAGUGCGGCAUCCUUGGUGGCGAUGAUGGCCUUUUUGUGGUCGGGGUAGAAGGCAACGGCAUUGGCGCCACGGUCGGUCUUCAGAUCCAUCGCCCUCGACAGCUGCAUGACACACACAACAGAAAGAGAUACACACAAGCACUUACACUUGGUGCUCGUCUGUGUCUGGCUAGCUACACACUUUGGAGAAUUCUUGGUUCUUGCUGGUGACUUCCAUGAUUUUGAUGCCGGGCGACCAUGCCGCCACACCGACGAACCGGCCGUCGAGCAACGAGGUGGUGGUGAAGUAAUUCCGCACCUGAUGGAUGGAUGGCCAGUGGGCAGCGGAGGGUGGGAGAGUGAGUGUGUGUUGCCUGAGCGAGUGUGUGGGUGGUGGUGGGUGGGGCCUGACUGACCUGUUUGGUGUCGUAGGAUGCCAGCAGCUCGCCUCUGUACGACCAUAUCUUCACGUCUGUGUCGUCGUCACACGACGCUGUCACCACCCACUUGCCUGGCACAACACAACACAACACAACACAACACAACACACACACACAGACAGAGAGAAGCGCAUGAUCGAUUCAUGCCGAGCGUCGCAGACGUGUCAAUUGUGUCUGUGCGUCACUGACCCUUGGAUGCCGACAGGAACUUGACCUCGUUCUUGUGAACGGGCUGCUCUGUCCGAUAGACCUGCACACACACACACAGACACGCACACACAGACACACAGACAUUCAUCCUUCAUCCGCUCACCCCCCAUCCACCCAUCCGCCAGCCACCCAUCCAUCCACCCACAGCCCACCACUUGCAUGGCCUUCCCCUUUGCAGGGUCCUUUGCGAUUCGGUGCACCGCCAGGCACCUCGACUGCAUCAUGGCCGCAACCACCUGCUGGCCGUCAGCUGUGAAGUCACACGCAGACGCGCUGUCCGCCUCGAUGUUGCCGCGGGCGUACGGCGGGUUCUGCAUGGCCUCCUCAAUGGGCUUGGACUUGUCGAUGGUAAACACCCUGCAAACAAACAGCACGACAGGCUUCCUCCUGUACCAUCAGGUCAUUGUGUGUGUGUGUGUGUGUGUGUGUGUACCUGAGUGUGCGAUCUCCGCACGCCACGCAGAUCUGGCUGGAAACAUUAUCAAUGACCACGCAAUAGAUCUCGCCAGCAAAACCUGCAUCACACACGCGGCGCACAUGCAUCCCUGCCUGCCUGCCUCCCUCUCUCUCCCAGCCACUCACUGACCCUUGAGAUUGUUGACAUACAGCGGAUGGUGUGUGGCCUUCUCCGCUGCUGCCUUGCCCGGCUUGCCGAUAGCCUUGGCUGCCGCACCUUUCUGCAGUGAUCCUUUGCCCUUCCUGCCGCCGCCGCCCUUGCCAGCACCGGCCGCUUCACGAUGCUGCUGCUCCAUCUCGCUCUUGGCCUUCUCUUGCUUGCUGCGCCACCUGGCCUUAUCGCCGCGCAUCAUGAAAAAGACUAGCACGAACACGCCAAUGCCGACAGCUGUGAAGAAGAGCGUCAGCACCAUGUCUGUUGUCACCAUGAACCGCGUAGCUAAAGACAGACACUCACAGAUACACUCACAGAUCCGACGCAGAAUCGCAGACUUCUUUCAGAGACUCAAUUAGCCGUGUUCUUCCUCUCAUCCCAUUCCUCCCUUCCUC